UCCCCAAAAAUAAUCAAACGAAACGACACGCCUCUCAAAGCCAGAACUGCCAAUCAGUCGAGCAUCCUUCUUUUUGUCGCAUCGACAUGUCCAGAACCGAGGAGGAAGAUGCAUCAGAGCUCAAAUUUGGGGAGGAUUUUGAGAAGGCCAAAUGUUUAAUGAACUGUGAAGUUGCCCUUCUUUUGGAGCACAAAUUGGAGCAGUUCAAACAAAUGUCCGAUGAAUCAAUUAAGCAUAUUCCCCAAGUGUUCGAGAAGUCUCUGCAGUAUGUUAAGCGCUUCAGCCGCUUCAGUAAUCAAGAUGCUGUGAAGCAAGUUCGAGAAGUUUUGAGUAGAUAUCAGCUAGCUGAGUACGAGCUUGCUGUGCUUGGGAAUUUAUGCCCUGAAACUGUGGAGGAAGCUAUAAGUGUUAUUCCAACUCUUAAGGCUAAAGGUCGCCUUGAUGCAGAUGCAAUUGAGAAAUUGCUGAAUGAUCUUUUAAUGAUCAAGAAGUUUGAGUGACAUUUCUUUUUGGUUGUUAAUUAAAUUUGAUAUUAAACAUGUCGAGGGUUUUUCCUUCUCUCUCGAUUCUUUUAUUAUUGAGAUAAGAGGCACUUUUACUUUAGAAAUAAACGAUGGCUAAUGUAGGUCAUUUAUUUUAAUUGCUAAAAAGCACCUCAAGCAUGAAGCCUCUUGUCUAAGGAGUUUUUUUUAAUGAUAAAUAAAUAAUGACAAUUUUAUUUUGGAAAAAUUACAUAUAAGUCCUGUAUAAUAAAAUUAAUUAUCUAUAAGUCACACUCACUUAUAAGUACUGAAGUUUGAA